CGCGGAAAGUGGUCCCUGGAGACGGCCGUCUACUUGAUGGCCUUCAAGGUACUGUGUCCAAACAAGGUGACCCUCCUUCGUGGCAACCACGAAGUCCGCCUGCUGCAGCUGAACUACUCCUACAAGGCCGAACUACUGCGAAAGUACGGCGAAAAGCACGGCACCCGCUUCUGGGAGCUCACAAACCGCCUCUUUGACAAGAUGCCCGUCUGCGCCCUGCUCGAUGACGCCAUCUACUGCGCCCACGGCGGCAUUCCCAAAUCAGCCGUCACCGUCGACCAGAUCAAUCGUCUUCCUCGAGAAAUCCGAGACCCUCAAGCCGAAGCGGCCAUCGCCUGGGAGAUCCUCUGGUCAGACCCGGCCAAUCGCGAUGACUUCAAUGACACCUGCGCCGCUCGAAGUGUCGAUCCGGAGACGACCAAUGGCUUCGUCUUCAAUCUGAAGCGAGGAACGGCUUUUCGCUUUAACCAGCAGGCGGCCAGCUCUUUCCUCAGCGCCAACUCGCUGACGCACAUUGUCCGCGCUCAUGAG